UAAUUCAGUCAUUUCAGAAAUUGGUCGCUCGCUCUGGAUAACGAGUCCACUGGGGAUGGGAUGGCUCUUGUGCUCACUGUUAAUUUUUGACGUUCGUCACCAGAGGGUUCACAGUUCACAUAGUCAGCUGAUGCUCUCAAGCUCUUGACAAUGGCUUCCUCAACCACCUCCUCUUUCCAGAGCAGCAAUUUAUGGUCUGUAUUUUUGGGAAAGAUAAAUGGAUUCUCUGUCUCUAGUGUUCCUGUAACUCGUAUUGGGUUUUUGAAGAAGACCAUAGAGUGUAAGGAAUCAAGAAUUGGGAAGCAACCAAUUCCAGUGCCAGCCAAUGUGACAAUUGCAUUGGAAGGUCAGGAUUUGAAAGUAAAAGGUCCACUGGGGGAACUCUCAAGGACUUACCCACGAGAAGUGAAGGUUGAGAGGGAGGAGUCUGGGAUUCUAACUGUCAAAAAGGCUAUGGAGACUAGAAGGGCCAACCAGAUGCAUGGGCUGUUCAGAACACUUACGGACAAUAUGGUGGUUGGAGUUUCAAGAGGGUUUGAGAAGAAACUUCUAUUGGUCGGAGUUGGUUACCGUGCAGCAAUAGAGGGAAAAGUGUUGGUAUUAAGUCUUGGCUUCUCCCAUCCAGUUAGGAUGGAAAUCCCUGAUGGCAUACAAGUGAAGGUGGAAGAGAAUACCAGAAUCACUGUUAGUGGAUAUGACAAAUGUGCCAUUGGCCAGUUUGCUGCUUCUGUUAGGAAAUGGAGACCCCCAGAACCAUAUAAAGGUAAGGGUGUGAAAUACGCUGAUGAAGUGAUAAGAAGAAAGGAAGGCAAAGCAGGAAAGAAGAAGUGAUAGCUAUAAUUGUUUCAUCUUCGUGUCUCACAUUUUUGCUUGUCAAUAUGUAUCAGCAACAUGGAAUGUACUAACAUCACUAUGAAAGCUAUUCAUUUUGUUCCGGUUGUUUAACAUUCUAUUUUUUAUUAAGUUUCAAGUUAUUUAUUA